AGCAGAUUAUGUUCAGCAGUUGCCUUAUCUGGUUUGGCCCGGCUGCAGCAGGCACUGCAGAUAUCAAUCUAAUGCAAAGGUUUAGUAAAUCUGUCCCUCCGGGGGCUAAAGGAUCCAUCUAAGCCAAAAACCUCUUAGCCUUCUUACCCUACACUAGUCCAACCCAGUAACCAUGGGAAACUGUCUCCAAGACCAACAGCCAAUGUGUCCUAUUUUCCCUUCCUGAGGCCUGUGCUUCACUCAAAUGAGAACUGAUGAUAUAAAACUCAGGCUCUUUAAUCUAUACAUCAAAAGCACCCUGAUUCAAGAAAUAGACCAGCCAAAAAUAUAAUGCCAAAUAUUCCAUAUUUAAUGGAAUCAAAAUCAAUUGUGUACUCACUGCAAUUUGUCUUCGAUUUGUAAACCUGCGUAUUUGUAUCGCUCACUCGUUUAAUUUCUCUCUUCCUUCCUUUCUCUCUAUUUUCGCUCUCGCUCUCUCUCACACCGGGGCACCGGUCCUGCUGAGAGACGCUUGUGUCACACUGUCGUCACCAGCAGUCACCCAGGACCUCGCUCCAAGAUACUUCCCCUUCUCUCAGCUUGGCUCAGCGGGAUCGACUACAGUACUCAGUGCUGGUUGAGAGAAGGACCACGCAAUACUACUUAGGGAGGACAACACUAUACAGUCAUUUACCGACUCACCUGUUAACCUGCCUCAUAGUGCUUCUGUGGAAUUGGGGAGUUUUACAUUUGUGGAUAUCCAUUGAAGACAUCUGCAGUGUUGGAAGGACUAACUUUGUUGAUUUGUUAGAAGUUUGUGUUCUAAUCUCAAGGGGUUUUGGGGAUUCUUAUCAUUGUCCCGAAUAGCUUCAGACAUUCAUCGUUGGUACUUUGGGCAGCAUUUGAGGACACCUGAGGAACAGGGCUUUAAAGCGUGCAUAGAUGCUCCAAUGGGAUUCUGUCCAAAUGGUUUGGAUGCACUGUUGCCAACGUUGGCGUAUUCAACUAUGGAGUAAUUAAUCAAAUCGGACAUCUGCUUUCACAUAGACUUAUCAGGGUAAUACAAAGCCCCAAAUCCAAACCCGGCUGUGUGUAUGUGUAUCCUGGUGGCAGCAUAGUAUUGCUAUGUUUUUCUCCUGGAUUCUCUAGCAGAACACUUGAGUGUAUUACAUUAGCAUACAUUACAUUUUGCAUUCAAGUUCACCUCCACCCUAAAGUUCCACCUCAUGCCACACAUCCCUGCAGCUGAGGACUGCCUUUAGCUGACCUGGUAUCCCAGGUCAUCUAACUCUUGCCAUCUCACUGGGGCACAGAGUGCGGUGUGCAGGCUGGUCCACCGGGGCUUCAGGCCCCUGGCCCUGCUGAGGCCCAUAAGGCUGGAGCUGGGGGUGUACGUCGAGAAGAUCCGCACCAAGCAGAAACACAGGAUGGAGGCCUCAUGUCUGGAGUUGGCCCUGGAGGGAGAGAGGCUGUGUAAGGCAGGGGACUUUAAAGGGGGGACAGCGUUUUUCGAGGCAGCUGUGCAGGUGGGAACAGAAGACCUGAAGACCCUCAGUGCCAUCUACAGCCAACUGGGCAACGCCUACUUUUACCUGAAGGAAUACGGCAAGGCCCUGGAGUACCACAGACAUGACCUCACUCUGGCCAGGACAAUAGGGGACAGGAUAGGGGAGGGAAAAGCCAGCGGUAACCUUGGAAACACACUGAAGGUUUUGGGGCGCUUCGACGAGGCAACGGUGUGCUGUCAGAGACACCUGGACAUCUCUCAAGAGCAGGGGGACAAGGUGGGAGAGGCCAGGGCUCUGUAUAAUAUAGGGAAUGUGUUCCAUGCCAAAGGAAAGCAACAGCUAUGGGGCUGUACCCAGGACCCUGGGGACCUCCCACCAGUCGUCAGAGAUACACUGCAAAGGGCUACUAGCUUCUAUGAGAUGAAUCUGUGUCUGGUCAAAGAGCUGGGCGACCGAGCUGCUCAGGGCAGGGCCUUUGGUAACCUAGGCAACACCCACUACUUGCUGGGAAAUUUUGUGGAGGCCAUCAAAUUCCACAGACAGAGGCUGUCCAUCGCCAAGGAGUUUGGUGACAAAGCAGCUGAACGUAGAGCCUAUAGUAACCUAGGCAACGCUCUGAUUUUCCUGGGACAGUUCAACACUGCCACCGAGUACUACAGAAAAACUCUGCAACUGUCUCGUCAGUUGAAGGACAAGGUGAUGGAGGCACAGGCAUGUUACAGCCUGGGGAACACCUACACUUUGAUGCAACAGUACGAGAGAGCCAUAGACUACCACCUCAAACACCUCCUCAUAGCCCAGGAGCUCACGGACAGGGUUGGUGAGGGCCGUGCCUGCUGGAGUCUGGGAAAUGCCUAUGUGUCUUUACAGAACCAUCGCCAGGCCCUGCACUACGCCCGCAAAUACCUAGACAUUUCCAGAGAGAUUGGGGACAGGAAUGGCGAGUUGACUGCCAGGAUGAAUGUGGAGCAGAUGAUGGAGGCUCUGGGGGUCAACGAGAGUGACCUUUCAUCAUGUGGGUCAGAGUUCGAGGUGCAAGGAGCCAGACCAAAACACACCAAGAGAAACAGCAUGGACAGUGUCGAACUGUGGAAGUACUCGUCAGAUAAGAUUGGAGACAGCCAGGAUGUGGACAGUAUAUCCCGGAGAACCAAGAGUCAGCAGUCUCAGCCAGGCAGAGGGAAGGGCUACCCCGACAGCCUGUCCUCAGAUGACAGGCAGUGGUUGGAAUCCCCUGUGGACACCGAUGACAUAACUGUCCAAGUCCCGCCUCCAAAGCUAGGUCGUGACCCCUCCGAUGAGGACUGCUUCUUCGACCUUCUCAGCAAGUUCCAGAGCAGCCGCAUGGACGACCAGCGCUGCCACCUAGACGACCUGAACGAAGAGAAUGGAGAAAAUGGCGAGAACGGAGGGGCCGUCUCUCUCAAUGAAAUGCUAGACCCUACACUCAUCACGUCACCCCAGACAGAGGAGCUAUUUGACCUGAUCGUCAGUUCCCAGAGCCGUCGCCUGGACGACCAGCGGGUCAGCAUCAGCAACUUACCCGGCCUCAGGAUCACCCAUAACAACCUGGGCCACCUGUGUGUCGAUGCAGACCCCCAGGAGCCAAGCGAUGACUUCUUCAACAUGCUCAUGAAGUGCCAGUCCUCCAGGAUCGAUGACCAACGGUGUUCCCCACCAGAAGGGGGGCCCCGGGCCCCCACGGUGCCUGACGAGGACUUCUUUAGUCUGAUCCAGAGGGUACAGGCCAAGCGCAUGGACGAGCAGCGGGUCCACCUCCCAUCAGAUGAACAGGAUGGGCCCGACUCCGACCCAGAACCACCCUCCGGAGACUCCAGCUAGGGACCCAAGCACACAUCCCUCGGGGAGUCUGCCUCAUAGAAGGUGGAGAGAAAGAGGAGAAAUGGGCCACCACCUGAGGAGAUCUGUGAAGGGGUGAAAGUAAAUUAGGUUGAUGUGUGAUGCAAGAUCUGAACCCUAUGUGCAAUAUGUGGCCCCCUUUCAGCUGUUGUGAAUCUGUUUAGGUUUGAAAUGUGUGUAAAUCCGAUAAUGAUGAAAUGGAAUGUAUAUGAUACAUUUAUGUGAAUUAUGGUUUGGGGUGUUUCGCUAGGGAUUGAGACGCCAACAAGAAAUAACAGAUAUUCAUAUUUACCCCAUUUACUGCCUUAAUCAGUUUUUCUCUGACUCAGAUUGUAUUCCCAAGUGUCAGGGGUCUGUGGGUUCAAAGUGCAUGAUAGAAUAGUAUUAUUGCUGCUGGUAUUAUUGGUGUAGCAAACAGUAUUGGCUACAGUUUUCGGUGGCAACAACAUGGUUAGUUAAGGUCUCUUCAUCAUUGAGUUAAUGUCCUCUGGAGCACAACCAAACAGGUUUUCAAACAAUAUAUCAAUUUAUCAAAAUAGUAAAAGAUACAGUGAAAAUACAUUUUAUGGAUAAUAGUAUACAAAAUCAAGAAAAGCACAUUUUAGGGAGAAAUUCAAGGGAGAAAUUGAGUAGAUGGAUCAGGGGACUUUUUAGGACAGGAAGGGAGUAGAUGCACAGCCUAUGCACACAGAAUCCUGUUUUGCAGGGAACUCCUGCUAAAAUGCCACAGCUGUUGGUCUUCAAUUUCCAAUCAUCUUCAACAGAUGUCUCAUAUUCUGCUGGUUUACUGCCCCAUUGUGGUGAAACUUGUAUACUACAACUGUCCUGUGUACCCCAUUGGAAAUUAUUUGUAAUUCCUGCGGAAGAUUGAGGAUGUAAUCUUCUGCGCAAGUAUAUUGAUUUUAAGCACUUUUUAUUAUUUUAGUGACAAGCUAUACUUAAACUGUACAGUAUGUACAUUGCAUAUUUUUUGCUGAUCAUUUUUUAAAGGUUAGUGUAUUUGCAACAAAAAUGUCCUGUGUGUAUUUUAUUCAGUUGUGGAUAUCAGAGUUAUUCUGUUACAGACCCAGCAGACCAAAGACGGGUGCAAACUGAGGAAAGUAAACAAAAACGGCUUAUAGUAAGAUCUAACGUACUGUACAUAUAUGUUGCCUAACUGAUGUUCCACAAUGGACAUUUUAGUUGCUCUUCUUCUUAGGGACUCCAUUUGUAAACAUAUUAAUAUUAGCGUGUAGCUCUUCUUUGUACCUCAAGGGGUUGUGAACCUAACCCAGGAUGGGUCGUGGUCCAAAUGAUUCAUCUCCAUCUCUGUAGUAAGAGGGUAACAAGGUCCCCACUGUUCUCCAAAAAUAGUUGAUUUCCUCUAUUUUCUCAUACCUUAUGAGGAUAAACUUGGUCCAGACCUAUCCGCUAUGCUUCUAUUUGUCUCUGCCAUAUGUACAUAUUUUUUGUAUUUAUGUUCCAUUUGAGGACAUGAAGAUGUCCCCUCUGCUUUUAAUAAAAUGUUGAUUCAAAUGUU